AUGGAUGAUAUCGCGCAGUCAAAACCCGGCACAGAGGCUGUUGAAUAUGUAAAGCCAGGCCUGCUGCAGCAACUGCCUCUUCCGGCUGAAUUGGGGUCUUUGGGGAGUGAUGAAAUUGAACAGCUUGAGAAGGGGCUAGUUCGUCGAUUGGAUACCUGUUUGCUUCCUUCCGUGGUUAUCCUUUUCUUAAUGAAUAUUCUCGAUCGAAACAAUAUUGCGAAUGCAAAAAUUGCUGGACUACCAGAUACACUUGGCAUCACCAACACCCAGUAUAAUACCUGCCUCAUGAUAUUCUACGUUGGAUAUAUUCUCACUCAGCUUCCCUCGAAUCUAAUCAUUACAAAAGUUAGGCCCUCCAUCUAUAUCGGCACCGUCACCGCCGCCUGGGGAGUGGUAUCCAUGUGCCAGGCAUUCACGCGCAACUUCGCUGGCCUAUUCUUAUCCCGUUUUGUCCUAGGAAUGGUAGAGGGACCUUUCUUACCGGGGGGUAUUCUUCCUCAUGUCCUGCUGGAAUGGCUUUUUAUCAUUGAAGGCUCGAUGACUAUUGCUAUCGCAUUCCUUGUGAUUGUUUUUAUCCCGGAUUACCCAGGUACCACCAAGCGCUGGUGGAUGGAUCGCGAGUAUCAAUUGCUAGCCGAUUGGCGUCUCCGCAACGAAAAUGCCGGACUCGUCGACGACGAUCCUGGCUCCCUGCUUUGGGGCGUCAAGCAAGCUCUCCUCGACCCGAAACUAUACAUGUUUAUCGUCCUCCAAAUGGCUCUUUUGACAGCGCAGUCAUUCAACAAUUUCUUUCCUUCCAUCGUCGGCACAUUGGGAUAUAACGAGACUAUCACCCUCUUACUGACGGCACCACCAUACGCAUUCGCAUUCGUCUGCUCCCUGACAAUCUCCUUCCAUGCAGCUCACAAACAAGAGCGAGGUUUUCACAUCGCAAUUCCCCUACUUUUCGCGUUUUUGGGGAAUCUCCUCGCGAUGUUCGUUCCAUCCACCGGCGGUCGCUAUUUCAGCAUGUUCCUCAUGACAGCGGGCUCCUACUCACCCUAUAACCUCUGCGUCUCCUGGCUAAGCUCAACACUCCCCCGUCCUAAAGCGAAGCGCGCAAGUGCAUUAGCCAUCGUCAAUUUAAUGGGCGCUGGAGUGGCGCAUUUCUAUACCUCGUACAUUUUUCCCGAUUCGCAGAAACCGAGAUACUAUGCCGGUGGCGGUGUUAUGAGCGGUGCUUGUUUGGUGUGUGCGCUGAUGGCAUUGGGCAUUAAGUGGCAUUUGAAGAAGCAGAAUGUCGAGAUUGAGAGGGCUGAAAUGGAGGAGGGUGCAGUCGCUAGUAGCUCAGCUAUUACUGGAACGGCACGGGCGGAUGGAGUCGUUUCGUUCCGAUACGUGCAUUGA